AUGGCGUUUCCUUACAUGGAAGCUGUAGUCGGUUUUAUGAUACUCAUGUAUUUCUUUGAGACCUAUUUGGAUUUGCGACAACAUGCUGCUUUGAAACUGCCAACUCUCCCAAAAACUUUGGAAGGAGUAAUCAGCCAAGAGAAGUUUGAAAAAUCUCGAGCUUAUAGUCUUGAUAAAAGCUACUUCAAUUUUGUUCAUGAAUUUGUUACUAUACUUCUGGACUCUGCUAUUUUGUUCUAUGGGAUAUUGCCUUGGUUUUGGAAGAAAUCAGGAAGCUUUCUGCUUUUGGCUGGUUUCAAUGACGAGAAUGAAAUACUCCACACCCUUGCUUUUUUGGCUGGUGUUAUGAUAUGGUCACAGAUUACCGAUUUGCCAUUCUCUCUCUAUUCAACUUUUGUGAUUGAGUCCCGACAUGGUUUCAACAAGAAAGGAGGCCCUUACCUGGCCAUUUAUCUAUGGGCAUUCAUGUUUGUUCUUUCUCUGGUCAUGAUGACACUCUACCCAGUUUUAAUAGCCCCACUCUUCAACAAGUUUACCCCUCUUCCAGACGGAGAGCUCAGGGAGAAAAUCGAGAAACUUGCUUCCUCUCUCAAGUUUCCUUUAAAGAAGUUGUUCGUUGUAGAUGGAUCCACAAGGUCAAGCCAUAGCAAUGCCUAUAUGUAUGGAUUCUUUAAGAAUAAGCGAAUCGUACUGUAUGACACAUUGAUUCAGCAGUGUAAAGAUGAUGAGGAAAUUGUAGCUGUUAUUGCCCAUGAACUGGGACAUUGGAAACUCAAUCAUACAAUGUACUCAUUCAUUGCUGUGCAGAUUCUAACGUUUUUACAAUUUGGAGGAUACACGCUUGUGAGGAACUCGACUGAUCUCUUUCGAAGUUUUGGGUUCGAUACACAGCCAGUGCUCAUUGGACUGAUCAUAUUUCAGCAUACAGUAAUACCUCUCCAACACCUUGUAAGUUUUGGUCUUAAUCUGGUGAGCCGAUCUUUUGAAUUUCAGGCCGAUGCUUUUGCUAAAAAGCUUGGUUAUGGCUCUGCCCUUCGGGCUGGUCUUGUGAAAUUACAGGAAGAAAAUUUGUCAUCUAUGAACACGGAUCGUUGGUACUCAGCAUAUCACUAUUCUCAUCCUCCCCUUGUUGAAAGACUGGCAGCGAUUGAUGAACCAGAUAAGAAGGCUGACUAA